AUGCUGCGUAUCGAUUUCCAGUUGUCUCGCUCAGUUCUCAAUUUCGCAUCUACCUACUCACUCUCCCUCUUCGCCUUCCCCAUUGCCCUCCCUUAUCCCCACCAUCCAGCAGCAGCAGCAGCAGCAGCAGCAGCAGCAGCAGCAGCAGCAGCAGCAGCAGCAGCAGCAGCAGCAGCAGCAGCAGCAGCAGCAGCAGCAGCAGCAGCAGCAGCAGCAGCAGCAGCAGCAGCAGCAACAGCAACCAUGGCUCUCGGACCAUCCGAUGCAUCUCCUCCUCCUCCCUCCCACACUUCCCCCACGCACUCCUCUAUCGAUUCCCCCAGUCCUCCGCCCUCCGCCGUUCCCCCUGGCGAUAGCACCGCCGCUCCUUCCGCGCUGCCUCACAGCCCGGACGCAGCCAAUGGGAGCGACAAGGAGGAUGAUAUGGUGCUACAGCCGUUGGUAGACUAUGGUAAUAUGGACGACUGGGAUGAAGAUGCUGACGUGGAGGAUGAGCUCCUAAGGCCAGCUGGGGAGAAGGAGAGGGGAGGAAAGGGGGAGAUGGGGAGAGGGAGGAAGGUGCGAGGAAGGGCGGAGAGGAGCGGGCCGAGGGAGAGGAGGGUGAGAAGGACGGGGAGAGGAGAAUCAGCGAAGAAGAAGGGAGGAGCGGCGGGGAGGGAAGGGCGGAGAGGGACAGAGGAGACAGAGGAGACAGAGGGGAGAGAGUGCAUCAAGUGGAUGAGUUUGGAAGGGUCGUGCGGAAGGGAGAGGGGAGUGAGAGCGAUGAUGAUGCAAGAGACGGGAAGAAAGGGAGGAGGAGGAGGAGCAGGAGCGCGGAGAGGCAUCGUUCAAAGAAAAGAGGCAGGAGCAGGAGCAGGGGGAAGGGCAGAAGGAGAAGCAGUAGCAGGAGCAGGAGUCGGAGCAGGAGCAGAGGGAGAGGGAGAGGGAGGAGUAGAAGCAGAAGCAGGAGCCGAGGGCGCGAUGCAGGUGGGGAGGAGAGAGGGAGGCAAGGCGGCUCACCUGAUGGCAGCAGCAGGAGAAGGUCUGUUCGCUCUCCCUCUCAUUCCCCCUUCCCCCGCCCAACCGUCCACUCCUCCUGCCGUCUCUUUUUCUCUCGAAUGGUCUUCUAUUUCUAUCUCUCUCUUUCGCACGCACAUCCUAGCCCUUACCUCUGGCAACCUGCUCUCUCUGCUCUCCCUUCAUGACACCUCCCUCCCAUCCUCCCUCCCCUCGCCAUCUGUCUGCGGGCUCCGUUCCUCGUCUUUCCUCGCCCCAUAUCUUCGUAUGUACCCCACUAGUUCAUCAUGUCAAACGUGUGCAUUGGACAGUACCAUACCAUUCCGCACUUUCCUUUCCCAACUCCCUGUAUCCGCCUUAAAGAAAGGCAUUCGGUUCUUUAUUGUCCGCUGCACCUCUCCCCCUUCCCAGUCCAUCUCUGUCCGCCAUAGCAUCUGCGCCCGCUCAGGCAUAUACCCCCUCACCCCCCCCCUCCCCCCCCCCUCCCCACACACAUCUCCGGCCCCUUUCUCCGCUUGUGUCUCCCCUCCGCUCCCUUCCCGCCUCAGCCCUUCCCCCCAUGGCAGUCGGUCCCGGGAGGGGAGGGCGCGGGGAGGAGGAACGCGCGUUUCGCGCUGGGGUGAGGGUGGCGGGGAGCAGCCUAAGGAGCAGCAGAAGGAGCAGGAGCAGAACGAGGAGCAGGGUCGGGACGAGAGUCGGUGGGAGGAGGGCAGGUGGGACGAGGAAGAGGAUGAGGAGCGGGCGCAGAGGGGAGGGAGAGGCAGGAGGGAGGGGGAAGAGGAUGACAGGAGGGAAAGGCUUGAAAGGGGGAGGAGGGAAGGAUGGGAAAGUAAGGAAGGGCGGCGGGAAUGGAAAGGCAGCCAACGGGAAGACAGAAAUGAGCGGGGAAGGGAGAGGGAGAGGGGGAGGGAGAGGGAGAGACAUAUGGAGAAGGGGGAGGAGUGGGAGAAGGAGCAAAGAGGAGGGUCGGAGAGGGAUAGGAGGGAUGGUGGGAGAGAGUGGGGAAGUGCAGGAAGAGAGAGGGAAGAAGGUGGAAGAGGACGAGAGGGGAGGAGAUCUGGGGACAGUGACAGGGACGGAGAGUAUUGGAAGGAAGGGCAACUGAACGGGAGGGAAAGGCGGAGAGAAGGGGGGAGAGAAGGGGGGAGAGAAGCAGGGAGAGGGCGGUCCAGUGGUUGGGAUGAAGGUGGGAGGUUGUCAAAAGGUGGUGAAGCAGAAGGAGCAGGUGCCAUUGCGCCUUUGAAGGGACCUACAGACAAGCAGGAAGGGAAGGAAGAGAAGGAUGAGGGGGGAGGGCAAGCAGCAGCAAGCGGGGCACGGAAAUGGGCCUCGAAAUGGGAUAAGACUGGCGGAACCGGUGCCGCUAGUGCUGCUGCUCCCACUAUUGCUGCCCCUGGCCCUUCCCAGCAGCAUCUCCCCCAGCAAGCGCUCGGGGGAUGGCCCCAAGGCCAGAUGGGGGGGGGAGCGGGCGGAUCAGGGGGGAGAACGGGGGGAGGAACAGGGGGAGGGGUUGCAUCGGAGGAGUAUGACCCUCUGGCUGAUUGUAUGGACUUGGGGGAUGGGGAAGAGAGUGUAGGGGGGCCGUGGCACCAGCGACAGCAACAGCAACAGCAGCAGCAGCAGCAGCAGCAGCAGCAGCAGCAGCAGCAGCAGGGCGGUCCAGUGCCACCUCUUACCCACCAGUUUCCAGGGCAUUCUCAGCCUUUCGGAGGCUCUUAUACCAACAAUUCUGGCCCGCAACCCCAUUUGCAAGGCCAGCCUCAGUCUGCCAUGGCUCCUCAGUUCUCUCAACAGCUGCCUCCUCCCCCUCCUCCGCCUCCCCUGCUGCCACCAGCAGCACAUGCAAACCCCCCUCUUGUUUCAACCAACACAACCACCAGCACCAGUGCCCCUCUCCAUGCUUCUUCCUUCCCGCAGCUGCCCGGUGCCCCCGCCCACCCGUCUCUCUCCGCAUCUGGCCUCUCCCCUGCCUUAGCUACUGCCCUUGCGAAUGCGGCUGCUGUUGUGGCUGCAGUAGCUGUGCCAGCAGGAGCGUCAGGCUCGUCCUUUGCUCCUGCUGCGACAGCAGGGUCGGGGGCAGGCGGAGGGGCAGCCGCAGCAGCAGCAGGAGGAGGAACAGAAACUUCUCAGGUUUCGUUGGCUAUGCUGCCGCUGCCGCCGCUGCCACCGCUUCCCCCACUGCCAGCAUCACCACCCGCUGAGUCUGAGCCUGAUGAUGUUCCUGGGGCAGAGAAUGGUGGGGCAUCUUCUGACGAGAAGGGCAAGUCAGAGGACGAUGUGUCUAUGGAAGUCGAUGGGAGGGAUGAAGAUGAGAAAGACACUCAGGAGGAUGUGACUGGGCGGGAAAAAGGCAAGGGCGGUGAGAAGCGGAGAUCUGGGAAGAAGGAAGGGAAGAGUGGGAGCAAGCGUGGGAGCCGCAGCGGUGCGGGAGGAGGAGGGGGGGAGAAAGGGGGCGACGGGAAGAGUAAGAGUGGGUUGAGCAGUAAGCAGGCUCUGCUUAGAGUGGGGGUUGCGGAAGUGGUAAAGGAGGCUCUUAAGCCUGUGUGGAAGGAGAGGGGGCUGUCCCGGGAGAUGUUUAAGACGAUUGCGAAAAAGGCUGUGGAGAAGGUGGUGGGGGCGGUGCAGGAGAAGCACCUGCCUAAGAAUGAGAAGCAGGUGCAGGCGUAUCUGAGCGAGCACAGGAAGGAACGGAUCACGUCGCUCGUCCAGGCCUAUGUGGGCAAGUACAAAAAGGGAUGA